UUCACGAAGUCUGUUCUGCUACGACUCUGUCAAAAAAAAAAAAAAAAUUCUCUCUCUGAAUCGAUAUGUAAUUUGAACAUUCAAUUUUUGAACGUACACAAUGAAAUACACACUUUAGAAUAUCUUCGAUUUACUAAUUUUAAACCUCAUACAUAGCUUUCUUCAUGCAAAUGUGCUUACUCUAAGGUUGUAAAUAGUCAAAAUGACUUCCAUCAUCAAAUUGCUGCCAUUGUCUGGAGUGCACAGUGAAGAUCCUCACUGCUACAUACUUCAAGUAGAUGAGUUUAGAUUUUUACUAGAUUGUGGAUGGGAUGAAACAUUCAAUAUGACCCACAUCAAGGAACUCAAAAAGCAUAUUCAUCAGAUUGAUGCAGUAUUACUGUCUUAUCCUGACACUUUACACCUGGGGGCAUUACCAUAUGUUGUAGGAAAGUGUAAUUUAGACUGUCCCAUCUAUUCUACCAUUCCUGUGUACAAAAUGGGACAGAUGUUCAUGUAUGACCUUUUCCAAUCUCGGCACAAUACAGAGGAUUUUGACUUAUUCACUCUGGACGAUGUUGAUGCUGCAUUUGAUAAAAUAAUCCAACUGAAAUACAGUCAGACAAUCAGCUUGAAAGGUAAAGGUCAAGGAAUAUCUAUAACACCUUUGCCUGGAGGUCAUAUGAUAGGUGGAACAAUUUGGAAGAUAUUUAAAGAUGGAGAAGAAGAUAUCAUCUAUGCUGUUGAUUUCAACCACAAAAAAGAAAGGCAUCUAAAUGGAUGCAUAUUGGAGUCUGUUAGCCGGCCUUCCCUACUUAUUACAGAUUCUUACAACGCAAAUUACGUUCAGUUAAGGCGACGAUUGCGAGAUGAACAACUUAUGACAAAUGUGUUACAAACUUUACGCAAUAGUGGUAAUGUGUUAAUUGCCGUUGAUACUGCUGGGAGAGUUUUAGAAUUAGCACAUAUGAUGGAUCAACUUUGGCGAAGUCAAGAUUCUGGGUUGAUGGCUUAUUCAUUGGCUCUACUCAAUAAUGUCAGUUACAAUGUAGUGGAGUUCGCCAAGUCUCAAGUUGAAUGGAUGAGUGAUAAAAUUAUGAGGUCCUUUGAAGGAGCAAGAAGCAACCCAUUCCAGUUUAAGCACCUCCAAUUAUGUCAUAGUUUAGGGGAGUUGAACAAAGUUCCAGAACCAAAAGUUGUGUUAGCUAGUAUGCCAGGAAUGGAGUGUGGCUUUUCUCGAGAAUUGUUUAUUCAGUGGUCGGGCAAUCCCAGAAAUAGUAUCAUAUUGACCUCCAGGAGCCAGCCUGGUACAUUAGGAAGAAGUCUUAUUGAAUCUCCUGACCAAAAAACUGUAGAACUUCAAAUUAGUAGGAGAGUUCGUUUGGAAGGUGCAGAGUUAGAAGAACAUUUAAGGCGGGAAAAAGAAAAAGAAUUAGAAGCAGCCCGACAUCGAGCGGAAAAAGAAGCAGAGCUUGGAGGCUCUGAUUCCAGUGAGGAAAGUGAAGAUGAAAUGGAAGUAGACAAAGGUGGAAAUGCUAGGCAUGAUUUAAUGAUGAAAAUUGAGGGUAAACCAAGAGGCGGAGGUUUCUUUAAACAAGCAAAGAAGUCAUAUCCCAUGUUUCCCAUCAAAGAAGAAAAGAUAAAAUGGGACGACUAUGGAGAAAUAAUAAAGCUAGAAGACUAUAUGAUUUUAGAACCUUCUACACUUGAAGAAGAAAACAAGGAAAAUAAAGUUGAAAAUGACGAUGCUAUUCAAGAUAUCACUGAAGUUCCAACAAAAUGCAUUUCUUUUACGCAGACUCUUGAUAUUCGGGCUUCUGUACAAUUUAUAGAUUUUGAAGGACGAUCAGACAGUGAAUCCAUCAAAAAAAUACUAAGCCUUAUUAAACCCCGAAGGCUAAUCAUUGUUCGAGGCCCAACAGAAGCAACUGAAUCAUUGUCUAGUUAUUGUUUAUCUGGUACUGUUCAAGGAAAAGUGUUCACACCACAUUUACUAGAAACAGUUGAUGCAACUACAGAAAGUCACAUAUAUCAGGUUAAAUUAAAAGAUUCUUUAGUGAGCUCAUUAGAUUUUGUUAAAUCAAAAGAUGUUGAAUUAGCGUGGGUUGAUGGAGAAAUAGUAAUGGAAGAAACUAUUGAUAAACUGGUAGUUAAAGAUGAAGAAAUCCUUAAAGAUGAAAAUGAAGAGAUAAAAGAGGAAGAUGAAGCAGAAACUGAUAGAAUACCAGUAUUGCAACCACUUCCACUUCAACAGAUCACUACAAUUCAUCCAACAAUUUUCAUAAAUGAAGUAAAAUUAUCAGACUUUAAACAAGUCCUAAUGAGGCAUGGUAUCAAUGCUGAGUUUUCAGGUGGUGUCUUAUAUUGCAAUGAUGUGGUUGCACUCAGGAAAAAUGAAUCUGGUCACAUUCAUUUUGAGGGAACAUUAACAGAAGAUUACUUCAAAGUCAGAGACUUGCUGUAUGAACAAUAUGCUAUAAUUUGAAAUUACAUUAGCAUAUUUGUACACAUUGUUAUUGUCAUCAUCAUUUUCAUGCAAAAUGUUGUAUAUAAUUUUUAAAUUAUAAGCGGUGCAACGUGC